AUGACUGGGUGUAAAACCUAUGUUUGCCAGCGUGGUGGAGUGGCGAGUGGAGAGGCAAGUGGCUGCCGAUGUGGUGCUCAGCCAUUGUUUAAAUCGCAAAAACUUCGCAUUUCUGUCGACCGUUUGACUCUCUCUUUGACUCUUUUCCGUAGUUUUUCGGAUCGCUUCUUUGGGUUGGCCCUUGACCUUCUCAUCCGUAUCGUUCGUUUGCCAGGAUCGUCCUCCUAUAGCGCUUAG